UCGGCAAAUCCCAGUUCCCAAAUCGGCAAUCACCGUCUCCUGCAAUCACCAUCUCCCGGUUCCGGGGUUCCCAAACAGACGCCUAUCUCUCGGCAAUCACCAGGUCUAGUCAAUUUUUGGUAGGCCUUACUCUUUUUGUAUACCCUAUCAAUUUUCUUUAUCCAAACUUCGGCCUCAAGCUAAAUCUUACGGAGUAUCUUUACUAUUAUCAUCGUCCUGGAACGACCUUUGCAUUCCUUCGGCUCUGGCCUUCUCAUCGGCGAUUCACCCACCGUUCUUCCAUAUCCAUCUCAGAACUGAUAAUUAAUCUGGAAGUUUUGACUACCAUGGCUUCGUCAUAUCUCCCUGCGACAACAGAGUCACUCAUUCAGGCUUCUGAGGCAAAAAAUCCAUCUGAGUCCCUCUCUAUCCUUUAUGGCAUCCUCAACAACCCGUCAUCAUCCUCUGAUUCUUUAAGGAUAAAGGAACAGGCCAUCUCCAACCUUUCUGACAUGCUAAGGCGAGAGAACAGGCCUGAUGAUCUCAGAAACCUUCUCACCCAACUGCGACCCUUCUUCUCUUUGAUACCCAAAGCAAAAACCGCCAAAAUUGUCCGCAGCAUUGUUGAUGCAUUGGCGAAAAUACCCGGCACAUCUGAAAUUCAAAUCGCUCUUUGCAAAGACAUAGUCCAGUGGACCCGUGAUGAGAAGCGAACCUAUCUUCGCCACAGAAUUGAGGCUAAACUUGCUUCAUUGUUGAUGGAAAGCAAAGAGUAUGCCGAAGCAUUGUCUCUCCUUUCUGGCCUUAUCAAAGAGGUGAGAAGAUUGGAUGACAAGCUUUUGCUUGUGGAGAUUGACUUGCUGGAAAGCAAGCUUCAUUUUGCAUUGAGAAACAUUGCCAAAGCAAAGGCUGCCCUGACCGCUUCCCGAACCGUGGCAAAUGCCAUAUAUGUGCCUCCCGGUCAGCAGGGCUGCAUAGAUCUGCAAAGUGGUAUCCUCCACGCGGAAGAGAAAGACUACAAAACAUCUUACAGCUAUUUCUACGAAGCGUUUGAAGCUUUUAAUGCUCUUGAGGACCCACAGGCGAUAUAUAGCCUCAAAUAUAUGUUGCUUUCCAAGAUCAUGGUUGGCCAAGCUGAUGAUGUGACGAGCAUAAUAUCAUCACCCAAGGUUGGGUUGCAGUACCAAGGGCCUGAACUGGAUGCCAUGAAAGCAGUGGCUGAUGCUCACUCAAAACGGUCUUUGAAGCUGUUUGAGAUUGCGCUUCGCGAUUUCAAGACACAGCUGGAUGAAGACCCAAUUGUCCAACGGCACCUGUCGUCCCUCUACGACACACUGCUGGAGCAAAACCUCUGCAGGCUGAUUGAGCCGUUCUCAAAAGUUGAGAUUGCCCAUGUGGCCGAAUUGAUCGAGUUGCCAGAGGAACACGUUGAGAAGAAGCUGUCUCAGAUGAUUUUGGACAAGAAGUUUGCCGGAACCCUUGACCAGGGCGCCGGAUGCCUCGUCAUAUUUGAUGAUCCCAAGGCAGAUGCCAUAUAUCCAGCUACGUUGGAGACCAUCUCAAACAUGGGGAAGGUUGUUGACAGUCUUUUCCUAAGGUCUGCCAAGAUAAUGGCCUGAUUCUUGAUUGCAGGCAGCAUCUCAGGAUUUCAGUCUUAUCCUUGCCAAAAUGUUCGUCUUCCCUUUUUUUUAUCCAUUCCAAAAAAUUGUCUCUUUCAAUUAAAAUAACAUGCCUAUGCUAGACAAAGACAAUGUGGUCGAGCACCAUCCUUGUGACUCUAUCAAAUUGAAGGUUACGGGUUUGAAUCCCGGC